UCCGUAUGAUCCCAUUAGCGGCGGAAGGAAGCAAAGAGCAAACAAUAGGUGGUGGCGGAGGAGACCAGUUUCGAGAGAAGCGGAAGCCAUGGGGGCAGGUGAUGGAACUGAUGUUAAAGUUGAAAUCCGCUUGUCUUCAUUUUGUUUGUCCAAAUGCAGUUCGAAGCUGAUUUUCCAGUUUUUAAAAAGGAAACGAAAAGACAUUCGAUUAAAUUACUACAUCUUCAUUGGGGAACUACGACCUCCAAUUCAGUUCUUCUUCUUACAUCUGGAUUCGAUGUGACACUGAACUUUAAUCCUUCUCCCACGCUCUUAUGCACUUCAUUUUCAUUGCAAGCCAAAAGGAGGAAAAGAAACUGGGUAGAAGAAGCGCAAAGAAGAGGAAAGAUUAGAUAGCAAAUGGAAAGGCAAGUGAAUGAAACAAAAAUGGAAAACGCAACCAGAGCCAAUCAAUAUGAAGCCAGAUUCUUGGUAUGGUUAUGCAUAUGGUUCACGGACAAGGUGUUUGAUGAAAUGCUUCAGAGAAAUAGAUGCAGCUGUGAUUUAGGUGAAAACUCUUUUCAAAUUCCUUCAAACAUUGGGAUGAUGCAGAACAGCUUUCAGACCCUCCAUCAUUUCAAUGGAUUUUUAGGCAACCUUCCGAUGUUUCAUGUUCCUCAUCCCGGCCACGAAUUCCUUGCACAAUCCUCAAGUCUUAGCUACAACUCAACAUCUGAUGAUGCAGAGGAACAACAGAAGAGUAUUAUUGAUGAGAGAAAGCAGAGAAGAAUGAUUUCUAAUAGAGAAUCAGCUCGUAGAUCACGGAUGAGAAAACAGAAGCACCUUGAUGAGCUUUGGUCUCAGGUUCUUCGGCUUCGCACCGAGAACCAUGAACUGAUAGACAAAUUGAACCAUGUAUCCGAUAGCCAUGAAAAGGUUCUUUUGGAGAAUGCCAGGCUCAAGGAAGAAGCUUCUGAUCUUCGUCAGAUGCUCAGUGACUUGCAAAUUGGCAGUCCUUAUAAUCCUUGCUUGAGUAACCUUGAAGAUAUUCCAUGCAACACUGCACAUCUGAGAGCUGAAUCUUCAUCAUGCCAGUCCAUCGCUAACUCUAUAGACAACCUACUCCAUUGAGGAUAAAUCUUUGAACUCUCUGAUAAGAACUUCUAGUUCUUUUUAUCUAGUUUUGUUAUUAAUCCUCAGUCUUUGCAUUGAGCUUGUAUGAGAUCAGUAGUAGAAUAAGAUUAUUUCAAGUUUCUACCAUGGGUUGAAUCCGGAGUGUUCUCAGUGCCUGUUAAAAUUAGCAUUCAUGAAACGAAUUACUCCCUGCCCGCCGCAUACACAUGCUGAAGCUGGAGGAGCCAAAGUACCUGAAAAUGAUAUAUUCUUAUUAGAUCAUGAAUGCCUGAAUCAUAAACUUCAUAAUUUUCCUUUUUAAACCCCACCAGCUCACAUCAUUAAAGUUCCACCAAGGAGAGAAAUGGAUAAGAAACAGGAAACAAUUCAGCAGAGGAAGUAAGAUUUUUGUCCAGUGAGCAAAGUGUAUGGUGGAAAAACAGCAAUAGGUUCUUCACAGAAUGAGAGGGGCACAUUAGGACAAGCCAUGGUGGAGGGCGCUGCUGGUAGUGGCUCAUCAUUGAAAUGAAUACCAUGAGGCCAAGCUUUUGAAAAUGGUAUCCACUAAUACAAAAUACCCUAUUAGCUUGUUAUCUUUUUUCUUGGAAGCUGAUUUAAACAAUCAAGCUUAACAGUUCAUAUCUUGAUUAUACUGUUCAAUCACGCAAAAACCUCAGAGCAAUGAAUUUGACUCUCUAUCUCUCUCUGUCUCUCUCUGUAGUUAAGGCAUCAGAAUUUGUUGCAUAACUUUGUGUUAAACUGAACCAUCUCAGGCUGCACUGUUAUCAACCAUUAGGAAUUGUCUGAAUCAGAGGUGACGUUUCAGGUGGUGGCUGAACAGUGUGAUCCCUCUCUCUCUGUCCCUCUUUUUUCUUUUCUUUUUUUUAACAUUGACAAUUGCUGUUGCAUGAUCACAUCACAUUGGCCUCACCCUUUAUGCAUUUCUCAAUUACAGUGUCCUGUUGCUGCCGAAGUACGAUUAAACUCUUACUUUACUGUCAUUCAAACAGUCAUUUGCUGUCAAAUUUUCUUUCCCUUUGUCUGAUUUUUCAGGCUUCAGAACCAAAUCUGGUGGGAUUUGGAUAGGGAAAUCCUAUAUCAAUCUCCUUAUUCCUCCCCUCUCUACAACUUUCUCAAAUGAAGGUUUUUAGCUUAGUGCUGCUAUGUGGGGGUGAAACAGCAGCCAGUUCUUCUGCUAGAAGGUUGGAAAUCCGAUCAGAUCCUAAAGCAGAAUAGAUCUAGUUUAGAUAAGGAUCACGAUGAUAAUAAUUGUUGGCAUACAUACAGCCUAGUUGAUUAUUUAUUGCCUCGAAAUGGAAUAAAUACAUGUCCUCAGA